GCCGAUCUCGUUAGUAAAACUAUUUACGUUUAUUUCCGAGGAAUGCCGAGACCGCAAAGGGAGACAUCAUUGUUCUUCCCCACAACGACCUAUGCAAACUACAUAAUACAUAUACCUACAUACACCCUCCAUGGAUUGAUCUCCAUGGGCGACCCCGAAAAGUCUUGUUGAGCUCACCUCAAUUCCUUUCAAUUGAGAGUGUAGCCAUGUUCCGUCUACCAAUAUCGCGGGCCUCAAGACCAUUAGUUGUCGGCCUUGCGAAGCCACAACAAGCUUGUAGAGCUUAUGCCUCGGCUCCUCGGUCUUCGUUUGAUUGGGAGGAUCCAUUAGGGAGCAAGAAUCUGCUCACCGAGGAGGAACUGGCCAUAUCAGAGACGGCAGAGCGGUAUUGUCAAGAACAAUUGCUACCGCGAGUGCUACAGGCACACCGCACUGAGCACUAUGACCCUGCUAUCCUGCGGGAAAUGGGCGAACUGGGCCUCCUCGGCGCGAAUCUACAUGGCUACGGCUGCGCCGGCGCUUCGACUGUGGCGUCCGGCCUAAUAACCCGAGCUGUAGAACGAAUAGACAGUGGGUACCGAUCCGGCAUGUCUGUGCAAUCGUCUUUGGUUAUGGGCGGUAUAUAUGAGUUUGGCACUGCGGAGCAAAAAGAGAAAUACCUACCUGAAAUGGCAAAGGGGAAGCUGCUGGGCGCGUUCGGCCUCACGGAGCCCAACCAUGGAAGCGAUCCAGGAUCCAUGCAAUCGAGCGCGCGGCCGCACCCAACCAAAAAGGGCUAUCUGCUCCUCCGUGGUUCUAAGACUUGGAUUACGAACUCGCCUAUUGCGGAUGUGCUCCUAGUGUGGGCAAAAUUACGAGACACGGGAAAGAUUAGGGGGUUCCUGAUAGAUAGGAAGGAUUGCCCCCCUCGUACGCUCGAGACGCCGAAAAUCAAGAAUAAGACAGGCCUUCGGGCUAGCAUUACGGGCAUGAUUCACAUGGAGGACUGCCCAGUUCCGGAAGCAAAUAUGUUUCCGGAUGUCGAAGGCUUAACUGGCCCAUUUACAUGUCUGAAUAGUGCCCGGUACGGCAUCUCCUUUGGAACCAUGGGUGCCCUAGAAGACUGCAUCUCCCGGGCACGGACAUAUGCCUUGGAACGUAAACAGUUCAAGGAAAAUCCCAUUGCCAAAUAUCAACUUGUGCAGAAGAAACUGGCGGAUGCCGCAACGGAUGCCGCGUAUGGCGUACUAGCGUCAAUACAGGUUGGUAGAUUGAAGGAUGAAGGGAAAGCCACGCCAGAGAUGAUUAGUAUGAUAAAAAGACAGAAUUGUGAUCGGGCACUUGUGAAUGCGAGGGCAUUGCAGGAAAUUUUCGGAGGCAAUGCCGUAAGCGACGAGUAUGCUAUUGGGAGGCACGUGGCCAACUUAUUUGUGACCCAGACGUAUGAAGGGCAGAGUGAUAUACAUAGUCUUAUCCUCGGAAGAGCCAUAACUGGCUUGCAAGCAUUUGUAUAAUGUUGGGUUAUCAUGUUACAUAGAAUGGGCAGGCUACCUUAAGCUAGGACGUCUGUCCAAGAAUGAUGUAUAUAAAAUUGUGUACGUAGUAGUAGAGUUGAUGGGAUAACUUGGAAUAAAGUCAUUCUGAUGGGUGACAAUAUGAUUUACUUAUUGAGCAUCCAAGCAUUUGUAUUGAUAGCGGUAGUGAUUCAUAUAAAUAGAAACAUGGCAUAGUUACCCUUUUC